UUUCUCCCCAAUUAUGAAAACUUUCAUUGUACUCACGCUCUGCUGUAGUUUUAUCUCUAGCAGAGCCAACCCUUUACCACUUGAAUUUUCAAACUGUGAUGACCCUGAUGUCUUUAAAGCUGUCGACACAGCACUGAAGAAGUACAAUGGAGAUAGAGCAACUGGUAAUCAAUUUGCUCUAUACAUGGUGAUGGAAGCCAAGAGAACUGCAGGUCCUGACCCACAAUUCUAUGUGAAAUACAGAAUAAAAGAAACCACUUGUGCCGUAGAGGAAAACAAACUCUGGCAAGACUGUGAUUACAAAGUACCUGCAGAUGCUAGCACAGGAGAAUGCACAGCUCGAGUCCACCUGAGUAAUGCUGAACAAAUAAGUAAUGUUUCGCAGAACUGUAACAUUUUUCCAGCUACACCAAACCUAAGAAUUGCUGUGGGUGCUUGUCUUGGGUGCUUCCAACCUAUAGCAAGUGACAGUUCAGAUGUGUCAGAAAUUCUGAAACAAGCCAUUCAAAAGUUUAACAACCACAGUGCUGAACCUGCCCUUUAUAAGCUUGUGGAAAUAAAACAAGCUGAAAGACAGGUGGUAGCUGGAUGGAAUUAUAAAAUCCAUUUUGAAAUUGAGGAGACUAAUUGCUCCAAAGAUGAAUUUCAAGAUUUAACUUCAGAGUGUAAAACCACUUCUAGAGGUCGUGUAGGUAAAUGUGAAGCCAAAGCAUAUCAAAAUCUUCAGGCACAGAUCGUAGAUAUCGCAAGCAAAUGCAAGCUUCCAGUUAAGGAGAUAAUUCCUGAAGCUUGCGUUGGUUGUCCAACAGUUAUCCCAAAUGACCAUCCAGAACUAAAGGAAUUACUGAAGAUUUCUAUGGAGAAGUAUAACUUGGAAAACAGUGAUGACUUCUACUAUAAAGCCGGAGAAAUAGAAGCAGCAACAGUUCAGACGAUUGCAGGACAAAGCUACCAUUUAAAAUUUUCAAUCCGGAAGACAAACUGCUCAAAGACAGAGUUUGAAAAGCUUAAUGAAUACUGUGAAGCCAUAUCAGACAGUGUACAACUGCCAUGUGAAGCACAAAUUCUGGUGACCCCAUGGGAGAAUAAAAUAUUUUCCCAGGUUAACUGCUCUAAAGAACGGUCAAUGACUGUACUUUUGAGAAGGCCUCCUGGAUUCACACCUUUCCGAAGCUCUGCUGCCAUAAAAUUGCCAAAUGCAAUUUCACGCUCUGUUAAAAACGAAGAAAGACAAAGUCCUGGCAAAGAAACAGGAAAAGAUGGUGGACAAGAAUCAGCAAGAGAAGAUCGCCCAGAAUCAACUCUUCCUGGAUGUCCUGGAAAACCAUGGAAACAAAAUGAAGACCUGCCAGCUCCUUCUAGUUUUCCCAGAGAAUUCAGAGAUGAGGAUCUCUUGCCUUCCACAGUAGAAAACAUCGAUCCAGCAACAGAAGACUCAACAACUUCUGAAAACAAAGAUUUUGAACUCUCAGAUGCCUUACAAUAAUUCAAACAUUGUAGGAUCUUUUCAGAUGUUAUACAUAGAAAACUAAGAAAAAUACUACCUUUUGAAAUGUAUUAAAUGUGAAGAGGCAAAUUUUUAUUCUGUUAGCUAACAUACUCAAGGAAGUGACCAGCACUUCUGGGGACCUAAGACCAUAGGGCACUACUCUGCAUUUGCAUGUAUUUGCAAAGAUGUAACUCAGGCAAUGGCACCAGUGAUUCAGAACCAGGCUAGCAAAGGUACCAGGCAAGUCAAUAUGCUGCUACAGAAUUAAAGCUGUAUCUCAUUUGCCUCAAGCUGCUGUAAACACAAAGUGAAACACAGCAUCAAAUGUCACAGUAUCAUGCCUAAAACAAUGGCACAAAGAAUUCUGUACGUUACAUGAAGAAUUUCAAUUAAAUUUAGGUAGGAAAAUGGAAAGCAAAUAUAGAGCAAGAAUGCCUUUCUUAGAUAUCUGAAAUAAUAUUUCUUUAAUUUACUGUAGUGAAUACUUUAAAGAACAAUUUAAAAUAAAGAAACCUCUUAGUUUUACCUGUCAA